CUUUUGACGUCGCAGAUGUAUGUCAGUGACGUUCGACGUAAUAAAUUCACUGUGCGGUCGCUAAGCAAUAUAUGGUGACAGACCUUAUAGUGUUUGGAUAUCUUGCAUAAGACUGUUAAUCGACUGGAUUAUUCGAUAUGCAUUCUGGACAGAGUAUUUCCCCAGAAGGGCCUCCCAAACCCUUUGUGAUCGUUAUUUCUGACAGUGAGGAUGAUGACAGCGAUUCCGAAGAUUCUCAUAGUCUUCUGCGAAAAUCAAAAGGCAGCUUGGACCUAGCAAGUUCAAGUAAUACCGCCUUCCCCGCAUCCUCAGAUACCUCUCAGGCGAGUUCAAACAGCACAUCGUUGCGCAUUGCAAACUUGAAGAGCGCAUCUGAAGUGAGACAAGCUGCAGCAGUCGAUACCCCGGCAGCAGCAGUUAUUGACCUCACCUUAGAUGAUACAGACGACAAUACAGCUGGACAAAGUGCUACAAACCAAGUCUUUACUACAAAUAGAUCAUUUGUCUCUACGCCUACACCUUCUUCUUCAAUAUUUUCACCUGACUUUAAGGACUGCAAGAUCUCAACAUUUUCUGCUCCUGUGAUCACAGCUAGAAACAGUUCGACACACAUCGCUUCUCCAGAACCUUCAUUUAAUUCCUCAGACAGAGGCUCUCCUUCGGUGCCAUCACCUUUUCCUCAGUAUGAUAGAGGAGAUGGUGCCUACAAAAAGUCCACCGUCUUGAAUACAUCGCCAAGUGUUUAUUCUGCGAUGGAUACAAACGAUGACUGUGCGACUGUGAUGUUAGGGUUACCUCUCAUGAAGGAUGCAAGAGGUCGACCACACUCUCCCAUGGAUACUGUUGAAAUUACUGAGCCAAUGGAGAUUGGAUAUGACGCCCAUGGUAUAGGAUUUGGCUAUACAAUGUUGUCUGGAUGUGGCGACACAAUGCUGACUGGAUUUUGCGAUACAAUGCUGACUGGAUCUGGCGAUACAAUGUUAACUGGCAGGCGUUCUAACUGCCCUUUCGCCGGAUUUGGCAGCCAAAGAGCACGUGACGAAGAAAAGAUGGAUAUUGACAACGAUGGAGGAGUAUUGCCAGUGUUGUUGGUAGCAGACGACAUUUUUAAGGGAGUGCCAAAGAAUAAAGUUACAAGUGUAAGAAAUGCAAAGGGUAAUUGUAGAAAGCGGAGAAGACUUGACCAGAGAGAUGUCGAAAAGAAAGUACAGCAAAACAAAAGAAGAAGAAUAUAUUAAAUUUGAAAUCUUUUUAAUCCUGAUAUUGUUAUGUUUGAGUAAUUUCUUUUGUUAUCUUUUGAUAAAACAAAUGCUUUUAAAAAGGAAAAUUGUUUGUAUUAUCUUUAUUUGACAGGAUGU